ACUCUGCUCGUCCUCGUUUGUUUUUGUUUUUCUAACGUUUCUCAACGGAUCUUACGAGAGGACGCAAAAAAGAAACAGCCAGACAUGGGAGGAUCAAAUUCUAAAGAGAUUCAACAUCCCCCCGUUCCAUUGCUACUAGAGGAACCCUGGAAGACACUGGACUGGGACAAAAGGGAUGAGAUGAAAGAAAAUUUGAAGGGAUUCCAAAUCAGUCAUUCAGAUGUUAAGCAUCUCCGCAUCCUGGUCCACGGUCCGGUGGGAGCAGGGAAGUCCAGCUUCAUCAACUCCAUCGACUCCAUCUUCCAAGGGCGGAUGACCACUGGGGCCAUUGCUGAAGCAACGGCCGGCCACAGCUUCACAAAAAUGUAUAAAAUCCACAAAAUUAAAGAUGGACAAUAUGGAGCCUACUUAUCUUUUGUCUUUGGUGAUGUCAUGGGUCUGGAAAGAGGAAAUUCUGAAGGAGUGCAAACAGAAGACCUCAAGAAGAUCUUGACUGGUCACAUCAAAGAAGGUUAUGUGUUCAACCCUGCAAGCCCAAGUUUGGAAAAAGACCACAACAAGGAUCCAGGUCUCAAUGAAAAGAUUCACUGUCUGGUCAGCGUCAUACCAGCAGACACUCUCCUCUGGUGUGCUGACGGCGACAAAAUUUCAGACCAUGCCAUGCGGGAAAAGGACGCAGCCUUCAUCCAAAAGAUUAAAGAUGUCAGAGCAUAUGCCAGCAUUCUGGGCAUACCUCAAGUUGUCAUCCUGUCAAAAGUGGACGAGUCAUGCGCUGUGGUCAACAAGAACAUUAGAGAGAUCUACAGCAGCAAAACCAUCUAUGAGAGGAUUAAACACUGUAGCCAUAAUGUGGGAGUUCCUGAAUACUGCAUCUUCCCAGUGAAGAACUACCAUCAGGAGAAUUGCCUGCACAACGAUAUGGAUGUGAUACUGCUCUCUGCACUGACAAACAUCUUAAACUUUGCCAAUGACUAUGUGGCAGAGAUACCUAAGGAAGAGGACUGAGAGUCCGAUUUAGACAUGAUCAAUUCACUUAUAGCUUUUGUUUUGACACCAAUACUCUGUUUUUAUAUCUUUCUCUUUUCCUUUCCCUUCUCUCACAUGCUCUGUUACCACUUUACUGGACUCAUUAAAUGUAAAUUAUGAAUCAUGACAAAUCAUCUUGGUGAAACAUUAAUCUUUUUUUUUUUCGCUGCAGAAGACAUAUUUUUAAAAGUUGCACACGAGUACAAAGCAAACCAUAGAAUGAACAUGUCUUAAACCAUAUCUAAAGGCUUUUCAAUCCACUCCCUCUAUUUUUACGUUUGACAGAGUGACCUGCUUUGUUAUGUUGUUUUCAAUAGCAACAUUUUUUCAGUAUUUUUUUGUUGUUGUUUUACUUCUGUUUUGUUGCUGGAUAGGUUUGCAAGUGUUUUCAAGUCUGUAUGUACAGUAAGUGCCUACAAUUGCCAGACUAGUUGUGUAUUUUGAAAAAAAGUGUUUAAUGUAAGAAAACAUAAUAGUGUUUCACAAUACAGUAUGUGUUACAGAAUUGCAAACAAAGUGCAAAGUUGACAAUGUGUUUAAGCUGGUUUCACAGUAGUUUAAGCAUUCUACAAGACGUAACGCUUAUGUGAAAGGCUGUAAUUUGAGUUCUGAAGCCUACAAUUUCAUAGGUCAAUCUUUAUUCCAGAGAAUAAGGUUGACAUAUCAAGUCUGAUAACAAUCUGAGUCUGGCAACUGGCCCUGACAUGCACAUCACAUACCCCUGGAGCUCUGGUGUAGAGGGCGCCCCUGAAAUAAUAAUAAUAAUUUAAAAAUAUAUAAUUGAACAUCAAAUUAUAACAACAGAGUCGCUCCACUCCUGCUCAUUUGUUUUUGUGUGAGGAAACAUAAUGUUCUCAAAAGGGGCACGGCUAGACCUGCAAAGGUAGCAUGUACCAUUUUCUACUU